AGAACUUCUAUAAAGAGGUUCUCUCUUUCUCUCUCUCUCCUCACCACUCCUUCAACUUUCCCUCUCCUCAUUUCCUCUGUUUAACUUCUCUCUUUCUCCAUUACCUUUCCCUAUCGUUUCCAGCAGGACCUGCAUUCCUCACGAAGGCCAGAGAACAAGUUUUUCUGGCCGUUUUGAACAAUAGGCGAAAAUAAUAAAGAGAGAGCUGCAUUCAUGUUUAAUUCAUCAUAAAGGAUCACAGAGUUUAGGGAGGUCUGGAGCAAGUGUCUUCUGACAUAUCGCAGCUCUUUUUCCCAUUUGUUUUUGCGUCUCACAGAAGCAAAAUCAAAAGAAAUAUAUUCUUGCGCUUUUCGCAAAGGAGAGUUAAAGCAAAGGCUAUAUAUAUACCCUCGCAACAGAUCUCGAUUUUCCACACCACGUCCUCCUCCAUUUCUCCUAAACCAAAAAAACAGAGGAAAUGGAGCGGGCGACGGUGCUGCCGGAGACAUUCUCCGGCGUCCAUGACGACAUGACGGAGCAAUUCCUGAUAAUUUGGGGCCAGAUCAAGGCGCCGCUGAUCGUGCCGCUGCUCAACAUCGCGGUGGUCCUGUGCUUGGCAAUGUCGGCCAUGCUGUUCAUCGAGAGGGUGUACAUGGCCGUCGUCAUCACACUCGUCAAAAUCUUCGGCCGGAAACCUGAUAAGAGAUACAAAUGGGAGCCAUUGAAGGACGAUUUGGAGCACGGCAACUCCGCAUACCCCAUGGUUCUCGUCCAAAUCCCAAUGUUCAACGAAAGAGAGGUCUAUCAGCUUUCGAUCGGAGCUGCAUGCGGCCUAUCCUGGCCGUCCGAUCGAAUCAUAGUCCAAGUUCUCGAUGAUUCAACCGACUCCACGACCAAGAAUAUGGUGGAAAUGGAGUGCCAGAGAUGGGCGAGCAAAGGGAUAAACAUCAAAUACGAAAUUCGAGACAACAGAAAUGGAUACAAAGCCGGAGCUCUCAAAGAAGGGCUGAAGCGCUCAUACGUCAAACAGUGCGAUUACGUGGCAAUAUUCGACGCGGAUUUCCAGCCGGAGCCGGAUUUCCUGUGGCGAACCAUCCCUUUCCUCGUCCACAACCCCGAGCUCGCCCUCGUCCAAGCUCGCUGGAAGUUUGUGAAUGCCAAUGAAUGCUUGAUGACGAGAAUGCAAGAAAUGUCGCUAGACUAUCAUUUCACAGUGGAACAAGAAGUAGGCUCAUCCACAUAUGCUUUCUUUGGCUUUAAUGGAACUGCUGGUGUGUGGAGGAUUGCAGCAAUCGAGGAGGCAGGAGGAUGGAAAGAUCGUACCACGGUUGAGGAUAUGGACUUGGCCGUUCGUGCUAGUCUUAAAGGAUGGAAAUUCUUGUAUCUUGGCUCUCUAGAGGUGAAAAACGAGUUGCCUAGCACGUUCAAGGCGUAUAGAUACCAACAACAUCGUUGGUCAUGUGGCCCUGCAAAUCUGUUUAGGAAGAUGUUGUCUGAGAUUAUAAGAAACAAGAAAGUGUCAUUGUGGAAGAAGGUUCAUGUCAUAUACAGCUUCUUCUUCAUAAGGAAGAUAGUAGCCCAUAUAGUCACGUUCGUAUUCUACUGCAUCGUGCUGCCUGCUACCAUGUUGGUGCCCGAAGUUGAGAUCCCAAAAUGGGGCGCAGUUUACAUCCCUGCCAUCAUCACCCUCCUCAACGCAGUUGGAACUCCGAGGUCACUCCAUUUGCUUGUUUUCUGGAUCCUCUUCGAGAACGUGAUGUCACUGCACCGCGCCAAGGCCACUAUGAUUGGGUUGCUUGAGGCCGGGAGAGUGAACGAGUGGAUUGUCACUGAGAAACUUGGCGACGCCCUUAGGUUGAAAUCAGCACUCAAGGCCUUCAAGAAACCUCGGUUUAGGAUUGGAGAUAGAAUCCAUUUGCUAGAGCUUGCUACUGGUUGCUACCUCUUCUUCUGUGGCUGCUACGACAUUGCAUUCGGGAAAAACCACUUCUUCAUAUACCUCUUUGUCCAGGCAACGGCCUUCUUCGUCAUGGGAUUCGGCUACGUUGGCACCUUCGUCCCAGCUUGAGACCAACGGUUCAUUGCUUGCUUCGAUUAGUGUUUUGCUAAAUUUGGAAACUAAGGGGUUUCCAAGUUCUUGCUUCACUUUCUCUUCUUUUCUCUUUUGCUCUUGUAUACUGCUCUGUCAUUAGAGUUCUUUCUUACAUGUAGAAAGUGAGUGUAUUCUUUUAGGUUCAAGCAUAAGAGUUGGAGCUCAGAGUUGUUGUGGAAUUUUGUUUUUGCUUGUGUAUAUUAUAAACGUUGAUCACAGAAAAAUUGAAAAUAAUAUGGUUUUUUAGUUUUC